GAAGGUGUAUUCUCUGGUCUAUCGCAACUUCGAAUGCUUCGAUUGGAAAACAAUGAGAUCUGUUCGCUGUCGCCGACAUCGUUAUCGGAAGUCAAACAGAAGAUUGAGCUACUUGAUCUUAGUGGGAACUGUUUUGCAAGCGUACCAGCACAAGCUCUCAGGAAUAGCAUCAAACUGAUGUAUCUCGAUUUGUCCGACAACAAGAUCUCUGAGAUCAACAACUUCGAGCUGAUGAACUUGCCGCAGUUGAAAGAGCUUCGAUUACAAAACAACCAGCUCCACGAGAUUCAUCCGAUGGCAUUCAUGAAUGUUCCUCAGUUACAGUACCUAUACUUGAAGGACAAUUUGAUCGGAAGUCUGGACGGAAAUCGUCUUCAGGCUUUUCAUCGCCUCGAAAUACUCGAUGUCACCAAUAACCUCUUACUGAAAUUACCGGAGUUGAAAGAUCUGACCAGUCUCAAACAAGUUCGGUUAGACGGAAAUUUGAUCGAAAAAAUUGACACACUUGCCUUCUCUAACAACCCCAACCUUCAACUAAUUAGUAUACAGGAUAACAAUAUCGCUCAAAUAGCUAAGAAUAGUUUCGAUUCGCUGGAUCAGCUCAUGGUUUUGCUCUUGUCGAACAACUCAAUUCAGAAGCUUGAAAGAGGAAUGCUUGAUGGGAUGCGAAAUCUACAACAACUAAAUCUUCGCAAUAACUCAUUGACAGUAGUCGAUGAAUAUAGUUUUGCUUCAUUACGAUUUCUAACGACUUUGGAUUUAGCACACAAUGAACUGAGGACAUUUUCUCAUCAGUCGAAGCUGUUCUGGUUGGAUUUAUCGAACAACAAGCUGACUGGUUUUGAAGAGGGAACAUUCGACACAAAAAUCGCUAACCUUCUACUUGAUGGGAAUCACUUAAUAUGUGACGAUGAUUUCGAUUGGUUUGUCCGAUAUUUGGUUACAAAUCGAGUUCGCACAUUCUUGCCGUUCCAAACUGAGAUCACCUGUGCAGGUCCUGAAAAAUACGCUGGUGUCAGGCUCAAAGAUCUGAUGAUCAAAAAAGCCAAUGACACUUUGACGGAGGGCAUGAGGUCUCUCGGUGUUCAUGGUUUGAGUUCUGGACCUGCUUUUUGCUUUUUUUCCUAUGAACCCCUUUUGCAAAGUUCGUUUUCGAAGUUCACCGCUCCUCUCGUCCGUUUCGCCACUGGCGGCCAGCCAGUUCAAAGUGACAUCGAGCAGCUGAUUCAGUCGAUACCAAACUUUGUCGUCAAUGUCCCCGGAAUGGGCAAUGUCGAUAUCAGCAAGUUGGAUCCGAAUCUCAUUGCUCACGUACUUCGUGGCGGUCAGAUUCCUGGUAUUCCGAAAGAAACUCUGGAUGGUAUUGUUCAACAGUACAUGUUGAAAAUGCAUGAAGCGGCUGCAGCGGCUCAAAACGGUGCACCACUGAAGAAUGGUUCGAAGUUUUUGCCACCAAUCGAGAAAUUUCCACCAGAUAUUGUCGCCUCUGUUUUUCAAGGUAGAAAUCUACCCGGAUUGAAUGAAGAACAGACAAAAGUGAUCAAGGACUACUACACGAGAAUUCCAGCCAUGGCCAAUACUCCACCAGUAUCGUAUUCCACAAGAAACACUACCACCGCGCCACCUUUUGUGUUCUCGAAGGAACUGCUCGACAUGCUGAAAAUCCUACCCGUUGGUUACAAUUUGAGCAAGAUUCCAGCCGAGAUAAUCACCGCGUUUUCUCGUGGCGAAGUUCCUGAUUUACGGAAGCUGCCAACCGAUCUUAUUGAGCAUUUCAAGUCGAACAGCGAAAAACUUGGCUUGAUAUUCAAUCGGGUGGCUAAGGCUAAUGCGUCUCUCGAAGAAAUGCUAGCAAAGAUGCCAAAGUUCGAAAAGCCGGUGCUCUCCACUUUCUCACCGUAUGACAUCAAUCAUCUCUCGAACGACAUGAUUCACGAGGAGGAAGAAGCUGCGCGAGCAGCAAGAAUGAGGGUAUACACUGCAAUCGCCUUAGGACUUGUGGGUGCUGCAACCGUGGUAAUUCUCGGCUUCUUUGCUGUCUACAUUAAAAAGCAAAGAGAAGCGAAAGAAAGCUUUCGAUAUAUUCAAAGUCUUGACCUUUCCAGGAGAGGGCCGAUGACAACACCGCGCUGUGCAUUUCCGGGCGCACCAUUAGCGAACUCUACCAUGCGCAACCAACCACGUUCGCAUUCGUCCAGUCAUUUACAUUUGCGGACUAAUACGUAG